AUGGAAGCCGGAGCUGCGGCGGUUGGACAACGCUCAUGCGCAGCCAAUGCAGGCCGCUCCCGUACAACACACAUGUUCGAAUCUUUGGAGGAGGCUCUGUUGCAUCUAGACGAGCCUCAACGAAUCAAUGCCACGCUCAAACGCGGGGAGGGCACUGCUGCCGGGGUGACGUCUCUUUGGGCUGGCCCUCCGCGGCCACGAUUGGUUGUCGACAGACGCUGCAGCCGGGAUCCCAGGACGCCGUGGCGUUUGGUUUCACAGCGGCCUCUGUUUCUAUUGACCGGGACCGUCGGGCCGCUGCUCUCUUCUUCGUACUCUGCCGGUGGCGGAUGUUUGCAUGUCGCAGAUCCAGUUCUCGGACCUCAUCGCCAAGGCGACGGAGGCUGUGCUGACAAGCUCGUCGUUUGGAAAGCAAAGGAAGUGUACGACGCUGCACGACGUGCAACAGUGGACGCCUGUAAUUGCAGGACUAACUCCGAGAGAAGCGACAUUCAAAUAUGUGCCUGGAUUCGCGGUUUGGAGCAUUCUCAACUGCAGCACUCCCUGAUGAUCAAAGCUUGGCACUGGAGCAAACAGCCAACCAACCGCCUCAUGGGACCAUAUCUUUCGUCUAGACUGGAUCAGGAGUUCACCGCCAUCAAACAAUUGUGUUGUUGGGUAAAGGUGCAGCUGCAGUUCCAUGGGCUAAAAUGGGAUGCCAUGGCUUGA